AUGAAAUUUAACAACGCUCUUUACCUUAUGUUUGUUGCUUCAGCUGUGGCUGCUCCAAUUGCCGCUCCAGUUGCUGGAAAUACCUCCUCAGGAACUUUAAAGUCUGGUACUAGUUCCUUGGGAUCAAUUUCCGGAUCAACAGGCUCUAAAACUGGAACUACCGGUUCUACGGGUUCUACGGGUUCUACGGGUUCUACGGGUUCUACGGGUUCUACGGGAGCUCCUGCAACUACUACUAGCUCUGGGAUUGCAACUAGUACUUCAACCGGUACCUCUGGUUCAAGUAGAUCGACUGGAACCUCUGGUUCUACCACCAUCAACAAUGUGACUGGUGGUAACGGUACUGGUGGCAAUGCUUCAGGCACUGGAAGCACUGGUGGCACCGGUAUUGGCGGUUCUGCAUCUUCUGGAGUUACCAACUCUGGUUCGGGCACUGGAAAUUCGGGCACUGUUUCUAGUUCGACUGGUACUACAAGUGGUUCAACUGGAUCUAAUACCAACUCAAAAGGCUCUUCAACCGGUUCUACUGGGUCUACUGGGUCUACUGGGUCUACUGGGUCUACUGGGUCUACUGGGUCUUCUGGGUCUACUGGGUCUUCUGGGUCUACUGGGUCUACCCGCUCCAAUACGAAUAGUUCAACUAACGGAUCAAGUGGCACUGGCAGUGGUUCGACUGGCUCAACUACUGGUUCAACUGGUUCAACUGGUUCAAAUUCGAGUUCUGGCUCUGGCUCUACUUCCUCUGGCUCUGGUUCUGGCACUGGCUCUGGCUAUGGCUCUGGCUCUACUUCCUCUGGCUCCAAAACGGGUUCAAAAACUGGAUCUACUGGUGCUACUGGUGCUACUGGUACCACAGGCUCUACCACAGGUACAGCCACGAGUUCUACCACUGGCUCUUCCACUGGCUCUUCCACUGGCUCUUCCACUGGCUCUUCCACUGGCUCUUCCACUGGCUCUUCCACUGGCUCUUCCAAAUGCAGCUCCAAUAAGGGAAGUUCCUCUGGUUCCAAAACUGGAACUUCUAGUGGCUCUUCAGGUGCAACUGCUACUACAGGAUCUGGUGCAACUACUACUAGCAGUGGUUCAGGUUCUAGUACAUCUAGCGGUUCGACAAGCUCUACUGGUUCUAGCGGUUCAACUGGUUCCAAUACUGGCUCAACUGGCACCAAUACUUCCACAGGUUCAGCCUCAAGUGCUACAAGUACUACCAACAAGGCGACUGGUGGUUCGGGUACCGGCGGUUCUGGGGGGUCUGCCACUGGGGGGUCUGCAAGCAGCAAAAGCAGUAGCAUUCCGUCGUCGUCAUCAUUUUCUAGUGCUACAGGAGGGAAUGGGACUGGAGGGUCAGCAACAGGUGGGUCUGGAGGGUCAGCAACUGGAGGUUCGGCAAAAACUACGGGAAGCGGAACAGCAACAGGAGGAAACGGGUCUGGAGGAUCUGGGGGAUCAGCAGUUGCAGGAUCUGGAGGGUCUGGUACUGGAGGAAAUGCAAAGAGCACUUAA